GCAGCGGCAGCAGCGGCAGCAGCGGCAGCAGCGGCAGCAGCGGCGGCGGCGGCGCUUCACCCCCGGAUCCGCCGCUGCGCGUUACUCAGCACUCUGUCCCAGCGGCUCCCUGCGUCGUCCUGCAACGCUCUCAAAGGUCCAUCUUUAAGAUCGGUUGUAGGUCUGCGGACAGGCCUGUCGGCGUCUAUGUGUCGCCAUGAAGCACCAGGCCAUCUCCCGAUGGCUGAGCCAGCUGGGACUCCCUCAGUACUGCACCGCGCUGGAACAGGAGUACGACGGGGUGGAGGACCUGCUCCACCUUUCGGAGUAUGACCUCUUGGCGCUCGGAGUCUACAAUCACCUCCAUCGUCUGCACCUUCUCACUUCUCUACGCCUCCUUCAGGAGCGAGAACGCCGGAGAGAGUUGAGGAUGAUGGCAGAGGGGCGUUUUGCGAGUCUGCCGCGCUCUCUCCACACGCACCACACCCUGGGAGCAGGCACCGCUCUCCCCGGACUUCCCACCGCCUCCCUCGGCGUCUCCAGCAGCAGCUGCUCCUCCUCUAGAAGGCUCCAAAGCUCCCUGGCCUCCUCCAUGGACCUCCUCGGCUCCAAGCCUUGCCCACCUGCAGGUCGCGGCGUCGGCCCGGCGGAGCUGCCCGCUGCCCAUCAGCACGUCUCCAUCCACGGAACUCUUCCUCGACGCAAGAGAGGAGGCUUGAACCUGGUCCAGGGGAAGCACACCUGGGAGCCCAGAUCCGGUCCAGGCGCCCCGGCCCCGUCUCCUGGGCCCUCGCAUCAGCCCGUGACCGCGCCGCUGGUUCACAAUGACGACUGUCACGGCUACAGAGAACCGGCUGCCGGCCUGGACGCCACCGUGGACUAUGUCAAGUUCUCCAGGGAUCAGUUCAUCCUGGACUGCCCCUCAGAGAAGCUUCGCCGAGAGCUGGAGGAGGAACUGAAGAUGAGCUGUGAGGAGCCGAGGAGCCACGCGUGGUACCAUGGAGCCAUACCCAGACAGGUUGCAGAAAACCUGGUGCAGCGCGACGGAGACUUCUUGAUCCGUGACUCUCUGUCGAUCCCAGGGAGCUACGUUCUGACCUGCCAGUGGCGAAACGCCGCGCAGCACUUUAAAAUCAACAAGAAGGUGGUGAUGCUGAACGAAGCCUACUCCAGAGUGGAGUACCGGCUGGAGCGCGAGGCCUUCGACAGCAUCCCCGCACUCGUCAGAUACUACGUGGGGAACAGGAAGCCCGUCUCGCAGGUGGUCGGCGCCAUCAUCUUCCAGCCCAUCAACAGAGCCGUGCCGCUGCGCUGCCUGGAGGAGAGGUUCGGCCUCUCCAGCAGCCACCGCGAGUCGCUGCAGGCGCAGGAGCGGCGCAGCCACAAGCGCCUCAGCCUGAACAUCGCCAACGGACACGCCCACGACGCCGCGCUCAACGGGCCGAGCGGCGCCCACUGCCCGGACGGCGGCCCGCUCAGGCUCAAGGACCGCUGCGGCAGCCAACCUGCGAGUCUGAACCAGGUGCAGGAGAGGCGGCGGCCGCUCAAGGCGCACCAGUCGGAGAGCUUCCUGCCUCUGGGCUGCAAAGCUCAGCCACAGGCCCCGGAUCCUCUGCUCCCCGGCCCCAAGUCCCCAGUGUUCCGCACAGGCAGCGAACCGGCGCUGAGCCCGUCCGUGACCCGCAGAAUAGCAGAACCGCUGCCAGCAGGCCAGGCCAUCAGGGGCUCCGACAGCCAGCUGUGCCCGAAGCCGCCGCCCAAACCCAGCAAGGUGCCGCUGGCUCGACUGCCUCGGCCCGUUCCACCGCCCGGCUCGUCCGGCCUCGCAGCGUCGCCUCUGGACCCGGCGGAACCGCCGGCUCCUCUGUGGAGGAGCGAAGCUCCCACGGUUCCAGUGAAGCCUCACAAGCUUCACCCGCUGUCCCUCCCCGCAGACCCCCACACCCCCCCCGCUGCCGCCCGCGGGCCAGAGUCACAGGCUGGGCUGCACCCCAGCAGCUACGUGGAGCGGCUGAGGAGGGAGGCGGGGGGAGGGGGGGAGGCGGGGGAGGGGAGGGGCCUGGACCGGAGCUCCUACCAUCACGCCAUCGCAGCCCUGGAGAACACCAGCGAGGAGGAGGAGGAGGAGGAGGAGGAGGGGGGGGAGGGGGCGCAGGAGCGGGCAGACGGGCGCCGCUUCCAGCGGCCGCUGGUGGAGACGCAGUCAGCGUUCAGACCCGCGGACUUCGGGUCGCGACUUCUGCCGGCGGAGAACAAGCCGCUGGAAAUGGUGGUUCUGAAGCGCGUGAAGGAGCUGCUGCUGAGCCACGACCACCAGAGCAUCGCGCGGCACCUGCUGAUGGCCGACUGCCAGGUCGCUCGCGUGCUGGGGGUGAGUCCAGAGCUCAGGGCGCAGAUGGGCGUGUCCUCUGGGCUGGAGCUGGUGACGCUGCCGCACGGGCGCCAGCUGAGACUGGACCUGAUGGAAAGACACCACACCAUGGCGGUGGGCGUGGCUGUGGACAUUCUGGGAUGCACGGGCAGCGUGGAGGAGCGCGCGUCCACGCUGAACCGCAUCAUCCUCGUUGCGCUGGAGCUGAAGGACGCGGUGGGCGACCUGUUUGCGUUCACCGCCCUGAUGAAAGCGCUGGACCUGCCGCAGAUCAGUCGUCUGGAGGAAACGUGGACCGCUCUGCGGAGGAACUACACGCAGACGGCCAUCAGCUACGAGAAGACGCUGAAGCCCUUCUACAAGAACCUGUACGAAGGCGCAGCGUCUGCUCCGCCGCCGCUCUGCGUUCCUCUGCUGCUGCCGCUGCUCACGCUGAUGGAGCGGCCCGCGGUCACGUGUGAGGGCUCGGAGCUGUGGGAGACCAGCGACCAGGGCUGCGACAUCAUGCUGCGCCACCUGGAGGACGCGCGGCUCGUAGCCCAGAACACGCACAGCUACACGGCCAACGCGCAGAGUGUCCUGCAAGGUUUCCAGUGUGACGACGAGCUGCUGGAGGUUUUUAAGACGGACUUCCAGCUGCGGCUGCUGUGGGGGAGCCGCGGCGCCUCCGUCAACCAAUCGGACCGCUAUAACAAGUUCAACCUCAUCCUCACCGCGUUGUCACGGAAACUGGAGCCGCAAGCUGCCAUCUGACGUUCAGCCGAGCACCCGCUCACGUUCACGGCAGCAGGGUCACAGAGCAGCUGCAACGAAGGAGAGAAAAGGAAGUGAACUCACCGAGGCCAUCGUUCAGAAGCUGAGUCGCAUCGUUUCCAGAGACGCUCAUUUAUUACGUCACAUCAUGGUAAAGCAGAAGCCUCUUAGCUUUUUGUUCAGCACAGACGCAGGUCUCACUAACAAAUCACAUCACUUUUAUUUACACAUAUAUUCCAAGUGUUGUAUAAUUAAUUUAUAUCUGUAGUUGAAAAUGAAACACUCCCCCUAAAGCAGAGCUCAGGGAUCCUUAGGACGGAUACAUGUGCAAUAGAUGUGGACCCGCUUUGCCUGAACACAAGAAUCAUCCUCAAGCAGAUUCAACACGCCCCCAAAUACUCCACCAGGCUUCAAGUCUUCCAAACCUAAACUCUGAGUCCUACAGGUCCGUUUACUGACACCAACAUCACGUCAGAGGAUGAUUAUCACCGUCGGACCUCGCGUCUGCCAGGAUGAGGAGACGCUGCCGUUUCUGGAACCGGAAACCUGUGUGUCCCUGACACCUGGGCCUGUGGCUGUGACAGACAGGGCUUGUGCUUUAAAACGCAGUAAAGCAGGAUUUCCUUUUGUUCACGUGCCUUUUGAAAUCGACCUGAACAGGCGAACGAGCAGAAGUGAAGGCAGACCGUCACUAAUGUCUCCUAACUGUGAUGUUAGAGUUAUUUCUUCUAAUCAGCAUCUGAACUACUGUCAGUUCUUUGACGAUUUAAAAUCAAACCUUAGUGAAGACGGGUUGGAACUUCACAAGUGAAACCCAACGUACACGGUGUUAACGUGUGAGACUAAGCUGUAAAUAUUUGUCAUGUUAAUAAGUGUAAAAAUGAGAUAAUGAAUUUCACUGUUUAUAUUAUUACAAAGACUGUGGUAAGAUUUAAUAAAUAUUGCAUUUGUGUUUAA